AUGCAGCAGCUAAUGGAAUACUACUUGAAAUGUUUCAACAAGCUGAUGAAGUGCUUUAUUUUGUCUGCAGUGCUCUUCUCACCCAUGCUGGCAGAUUUAUCUUUCUCUCUGGCUCUUCGUCUUGCACCCUUGACCCAGCGGGCCCUGACCGUGCUGAUGGUGGUGAGCGGCGCCGUGCUGGUGUAUUUCGUGGUCAGGACUGUCAGAAUGAGAAGAAGAAACCGAAAGACAAGAAGAUAUGGCGUGUUGGACACUAACAUAGAAAACAUGGAAUUGACACCUUUAGAACAAGAUGAUGAGGAUGACAAUAACACAUUGUUUGAUGCCAACCAUCCUCGCAGGUAA